AUGAUCGUUAGGACUAUUACACGCUGUUCUCGCAUUCGGAAGGGUCCCUCCUUUCAACCACCAUUACAACGAAUGAAACAGCGAGCACAUUCGACAUCUACAGGUUCUACUGCUACUACGCCCACAACACCCUCUCCUGCUUCGAUACUAGGCGCUUUUACAAAUGAGUGUGAUAAAGUAGCUCCAAAAUUUGAGGUGGAUGGCUCGCAGAUACAAAUUUUACGGACGCCAUCAGAAUUCUACGAGACGUUGAAGAGCAAAAUACUGGCAGCAGAGACACGAAUUUUCUUAUCGACUUUGUAUAUAGGAAAAACAGAACAUGAAUUAAUAUCCACACUUCAGCAAGCUUUGCGUGCAAAACCGGGUUUGAAACUUAGUAUUCUUACUGAUGCCUUAAGAGGUACGAGAGAGUCUCCCAAUGCGUCAUGUGCUUCACUUCUCGCCCCGUUGGUGUCAGAGUUUGGUGCAGAUAGGGUCGAGAUUCGUAUGUACCAUACCCCGAAUUUGAAUGGAUUAAGGAAAAGGUAUAUUCCAAAAAGAAUUAAUGAGGGAUGGGGUUUGCAACACAUGAAGUUAUAUGGAGUGGAUGAUGAAAUUAUCAUAUCCGGUGCAAAUCUCUCCAGUGACUAUUUCACAAACCGGCAAGAUAGAUAUCAUGUGUUUUCCUCUAAAGAAGUCACUCAGUAUUUUUACAACAUCCAGAAUGCAGUCUCGAGUUUGAGCUUCUUGGUAUCGCCAGACCCUCAACUGCCAGCUGGAUACACGCUUGAGUGGCCCUCCUCAAAUUCCUGUCCUUCUCCUCUGACAGACUCCCAAAAAUACAUUUCUCAUGCAUCAUCCGUUCUCACACCCUUGAUUCAAGCUUCAACAACAUCGAACUCGACAUCCAGCAAUCCUCAAGCUAACACAGCGAUCUAUCCCAUCUCCCAAUUUACACCGUUGUUCCCUUCGACCUCCGACACAUCCACCGAGCUUCCCCUUCUCACCCGUCUCCUUACCUUCCUCAAUUCUCCCACCACUCCUUCGUCCUGGACUUUCACAGCCGGCUAUUUCAAUCCGUCGCCAACUCUUACCUCCCUGCUCCUCCACACAACAUCAAAAAAUAACACCGUCCUAACCGCUUCCCCUCACGCCAACGGCUUCUACAAAUCCCCUGGAGUCUCCGGCAUGCUCCCCGCAGCCUACACCCUUCUCCUCCGCAAAUUUCUCGUCGCAGCUCAGAAAAUUCAGGGACCAUUUCCAUCCAUCACUCUACGAGAAUGGAAAAGGGGAACUGUCAACGAGCCUGAAGGUUGGACGUAUCACGCUAAGGGACUUUGGGUAUCGUUCCCCACCCAAUCAUCCUCCUCGUCCUCAACCGAGACUCCCAAGCCAGCAAUCACAGUACUAGGUAGUAGUAACUACACCAAACGAUCCUAUACAUUAGACCUCGAAACAGGUGUCAUGAUCGUAACCCGUGAUCCGGAGUUGCAAGAGAGACUAAGACAGGAAAGAGAUGGGUUGGGAGAGUGGGCAAGCGAGAUUGGGCUGAAGGAGUUCCAGAGUAGUGAGAGGAGGGUGGGGUUGCAUGUUAGGAUUGCGAUGUGGAUUGUGGGGGUUGUGGGCGGUGCUUUGUAA